GAGGGGGGCGCGGGGCAGCGCCGAGACCCGCGCGCGGCGCCCGUCCCUGCCCGCGUCCCCGGCGGCUGGAGCGGCGGCGGGAGCGGCGGCGGGAGCGGCCCCGCGCCCGGCCAUGGCCUCCAACUUUAACGACAUCGUCAAGCAGGGCUACGUGCGGAUCCGCAGCAGGAAGCUCGGGAUUUUCAGACGAUGCUGGUUGGUUUUCAAGAAGGCUUCUAGUAAAGGACCCAGAAGGCUAGAGAAAUUUCCAGAUGAGAAAGCCGCGUAUUUCAGAAACUUUCAUAAGGUAACUGAGCUACACAACAUCAAAAAUAUAACCAGACUGCCUCGAGAGACGAAGAAGCAUGCGGUGGCAAUUAUCUUCCAUGAUGAAACUUCAAAGACAUUUGCCUGUGACUCAGAGCUGGAGGCCGAGGAAUGGUGCAAACAUCUGUGCAUGGAGUGUCUUGGGACGAGGCUGAACGACAUCAGCCUCGGGGAGCCCGACCUGCUGGCAGCUGGCGUGCAGCGGGAACAGAAUGAACGAUUCAAUGUGUACCUUAUGCCGACACCAAAUUUGGAUAUUUACGGGGAAUGCACCAUGCAGAUCACUCACGAGAAUAUCUAUCUCUGGGACAUUCACAAUGCCAAGGUCAAACUGGUCAUGUGGCCCCUCAGCUCCCUGCGGAGAUACGGGCGGGACUCUACGUGGUUCACCUUUGAGUCUGGAAGAAUGUGUGACACAGGAGAAGGACUAUUCACUUUUCAAACAAGGGAAGGAGAAAUGAUCUAUCAGAAGGUCCAUUCCGCGACUCUGGCCAUAGCUGAGCAGCAUGAGAGAGUAAUGCUAGAAAUGGAGCAGAAGGCCCGGCUGCAGACAAGCUUGACUGAGCCAAUGACAUUAUCCAAGUCAAUAUCUCUUCCCCGCAGCGCCUACUGGCAUCACAUCACCCGUCAGAGCAGCGUUGGGGAAAUCUACAAUUUGCAAGGUCACGGGUUUGGGGCCUCCAAGAUGUCACGUGCACAGACGUUUCCCAGCUACACCUCGGAGCAGAGCGAAGAAACCCAACCCACUCUGUCCCGGUCCAGCAGCUACGGGUUCAGCUACAGCUCCAGCCUCAUUCAAUGACACACAGUCAGUGCUGACCAGAGACAGUCUGCCCUGGAUCUGCUUGUGGGGUCACUGCGCCCUCUGCCUCCUGGAAGACCAAUUGCAGUAAAAAAAAAAAUUGAAAAGGGUCGGGUCUAGCCCCCCUCCCAGGGGAAGGCUUGAAAUGACUUCUGCUUCCAUGAUUCUGUGGCUAAGUCCUUUAUUUAUUGAAUUUCUUCGGGAGAAAUCUAUGUUUUACAAAAAGUAGAGUCCAAAUCGUAUGAACAGUUCUUUAAAUCCAAUUCUUUGGGUGAGAGAGCAGAAGCCCUGGGCUGUGGGAGGGGUGACCCACACUGGUUGGGCCGGUAUUGAUCCCUUUUUCCAUGGCUCCGUCCUCCCGUCUGAUGACAGGGUCGAAUCUUAGC